UGUACGUAUUUGAUGAUAUGUCAAACAUCGAGUUUAGCAGACGACAAACUGUCACGUGGCUGUUACGUGCAAUGACGUGGAAUACCACCAAUGGCGGAUGCGAAUGCAUCACAUGGCAUCACUGUAAAGACGAGGUUUUCAAACACAGUCAUACGUGGAAUGGCGAAGCAUCCUGAAUUGUGUUGCUUACUUCUGACACUUGUGAUAACACUCCUGUCCAAUUAUGGUACCAGAUUCACUACUGUGUGCUGUUCUAGCUUCAAGGACAAGCCAUUGGUUCUUGCACCACAGCUACCACAUCCUAUUUUUCCAUAUGCUUCGCCUAUACUUGACUUCAGCUUAGGAGACUUGCAUCCCUUAAUCGAGCUGUUGCGUCAUGAAGAUUUUGUGUUUGUCAUGUACUAUGCCCCAUGGUGUGCAAGAUCACGGGCAGCAGUGAUACAGUUUACAAAAGCUGCCCAGUUUAUGGAAGGACAGGUACGGUUUGUAGCUGUUAACUGUUGGUAUCCAGAUGGCAUGUGUCGGAAACAAUACAAGUUCCUCUUCUUUCCAGUCUUCUUUGCAUACCAUGACAACAUUGAUGGCUUUAGAUACAUGGGCAUACAGAGAGCAGAGUUCAUGGUGAAAUUUUUGGAAGAUUUGUUCAAUCCUUUAAAACUGCUACGGAAAAUGGAUGAAGUUCAAGAUUUCGUCAUACAGCAUGAUACAGUGGUCCUUGGCUACUUCAGUUUCAACAGUUCUCCACAGCCACCUGGAUACAAGCAGUUUUUCUAUGCUUCUAUGAGAGUAGUUGAAAAUGAUCCAUACCAGCCUGUGAAAUUUGGAAUUAUCAUCAAUGAGAGACUUGCUGCAGAACUAAACCUCACAAGUUGUUCAAAUAUUGGAAUUCUUCAGAUAAAAAACACUACUCAGCUAUUUCCACAUUCAGAAAAUGUGACUUCUUCACGUCUUGUAUCCUGGAUUUUUGAGAAUAGACUUCCUUUACCAGUUCGGUGGAUGGUGCCCUUAGGGGUGAAAAGUCUCACUUUGUCAAGGGAGAUAAAUAAAGGGCCUGCCAUUCUUCUGUUUCACAAAAUUACACCCCUUUCCACAGCCAGCCAAACUUUUGCAUUGUUCAAGCACCUGGCUCUGCUUUACAACCAAUGUCCUGGAGAUCAACAGGCAGAGAAAAUCAGUAACCGAUGGCUAUCGCUUUCCAUACAGAAUAUGAUACACCAGGCAAAAUCACUAAAUGAUUGCCAUGAUCUCCAGAAACGAAACAUUUUGUCAUCACUUAGUAGUUUUAAAUGCUGCUAUUCCACAGCAGAGGAUAAUCUAGAAAGAUUGCAGGAUACCAAACUUAAUGUCUGUGAAAUUUGUCAGUAUAAGCCAGGCAGUCAUCGGCACAGUCUGUCUGCCUGUGGUUUUACCAAAGUAAGAAAUAACACAGGUUCAUUGCCUCUUCCGCAGAACUCUUGCCUGAUUUCUAUAGAUAAUUAUGACACUAGUAUGUACACCAGCACUUGUUGCAAAAAUUGUAUCAAAGUAGCACAUGUAAAAGAUUACUGGUCACAAUCAAUGACAGGUCAAGAGACCUUAAAACAUCGAAGGCUGUCAGACAGAUAUGUUCUGAAUGGAUUAGAAAACCUCCCAAGGAGACCUUGUGAUCGGAUCCACUUUCAGAAAAAUCAAGAAGCAUUCCCAACCACUGUGAUAGCAGACUUUGCCACUACCCGGCAUCUGGCGAACUUUACUGGAAGUGGCUGCCUUAACAAUCGCACAUUAAAUUUCCUAAGCCUGGACUGGCAUAGCCACUGGAUGUUUGCAGAAAGUUUGGGCCUGGAUCUGUUACACACUCAUACAACACCAGUUGUUGUAGCUUUUGAUAAAGAGAAUGAAGUGCAAUAUAUGCUCCAAGACAAAUUUUCCAAACUCAGUACAGCAUCAUUCAUCCUAAAUUUUUCACAAGGAUUACUGAAAAGAAAUCUACGUUCUAUUCCUCCUCUACAACGCUUAGAAUGCGACAACCAUGCCACAUUGUGUGUGACUGAGCUGACAACCAGUACCUUCCAGGCAUCCUUAGCACAACAAAAGGAUGUUGUCUUGCUGGUAUAUGCUGGGUGGUGUGGAUUUUGUAUGGCUCUCAGCCACACCUUUCUUCACCUUGCUCACUAUUUUCGCAACUCACCAGAGAUUUUAUUUGCCAGGAUUAAUGGGGACACCAAUGACUUGAACUGGGAAUUCAGCAUGGACUUCUACCCAACCAUCUUGUUCUUCCCAUCUAAUAACAAAGCGGACAGCUAUCGUUUUCCAGAAAACCUUCAGCCCACAUUGCCUAACCUGAUACGGUUUGUUCUUCAACAUGCAACAUCUGUCAGCCGUCUUCAUCUUGUGUCUGAUGUGUGUUCAGAAACAUGUGCACAUCAGAAUGUUGACUUUGCUCGCCAGAGCCUUCGGAUUCUUCAAUCCAAAAUGAAACGCUUGAUGGUUCGCCUUGCACAGAUGAAUUUGUUAGAAGGGCCUCACUCAUCUUCCAAGUAUCAUUCAAGUUUGAGUGUCCUUUUGAAAAGGCGAAGUGAUGUUUUGCAUCAGGAAAUCAAGCGUGUGAGGCGUUUUUUUAAAUUUUUUGAGGAAAGCCAUGGCCAGAAAUUAAAUAUUGAAAAAUUACAAAAACUUUUUCAAGAAUCUAUGAGAAAUUAUUCACCCAACAAAAGUUAAUACAUUGCCAAUGAGACAGGGUUUUAGUUCUUACAUUUUAAACAAUUUGUUUUAAUUGCUCCAGCAUUUUAAAAAGGCUGCUGCAUUUAUAAGAAGAAUCUGUCAAACAGUUAUUCAUCCGUGAUUUUUAUGAGUCUGAUUUCAGCAGACAUGUUAUGCACAAUAUAUGUUAUAGCAGUAGCUGCUACGUGAGAAAAUGCAGUUAUAUUUGCAUAUACUUGGAUCCAUGCUUGCAAGGGGGAAAAAAAUCUCCUGGAUGGAUGGGAAGUAAUAACAAUGUGAGGCUUCUCAAAUAAAAGUGAGUUGCCUCCACUUGAUGCUAAUGACAGACACUGAGAAGCCAAUUUAGUGAGAAGACAAGCAAUAAAUAUUUCUGAGAUAGCGAUUUCUGAGUUUACCCUGUGCCUUGAAACUGAUUUAAAUUCUUUUAGUAUUAUGUUAGCUAUUUUAUGUUAAUUUGUUCCAGAUAAAUUUUUUUUUUCAAUCUGUGAGAUAGUCCAUCAGAAACUAGCAAGUUUCAUAUUUACAUAGAGAUGGAAUGUUACUAAAUAUUUACAUGGUCAUGGAUAAAGUAUAAGUAUUAUAUAGAUGCAGUAUGUUGGGUGUAUGUCGCCUGUCUGAAUUCAGAAAAAGUGAAAAUUUCUUUCUUAAUCUUAAUUUUUGUUUUUGUUUCAUAUUUAUUUAAUCUAUUAUUUAUGAAUGACCAUGAUCCAAAAAAUAAAAGAAAUAAAAGCAGCUGUCUCAUAAUCUUGGCUAGAAAUUCCAGUAAUAUUAUUAUUAUUAGUAUUAUUAGUAUUUAUGUGUGUGUGUAUUUAUAAGAAAUUAUUGCUUUGUGUCACAGUUCAAUGUAUGAUUCUAUCUGUGAUAAUCUAGUCCACAUUGCUGGCAUGUUAGAGCUUAUCUGGCACAGACAGUUUUCAUAAUGCUUGUUUUGGGCUUUAGCUGCAGCAAAUCUGAUGACAUCAAACAGUACUGCAUCCAGUUUUAAACAAUUUUACUGUGGGAUGGGGAGGGGGGCAUAAAGUCUGUGUCUUUGUAUGUGUUGUAAAAUCAGACCUUUGGCAGUAAAGUACAUUCCUAAACAUAAAUGACUCAUUGUUGAUUGAUGGAAUUUUAAAGAAAAUUACACAAGAAAUAUGUUUUUAAGUAUAUGAUUUUCAUCAAUUUAUAUAAUGUACUGCAAUAAGAGUUUUUUAAUGGACAUAUGAACAUGUCAAAGCUAAAGAAAAUCAUUUCAAAUUAAAUCUCAGUACAAGAUGCACUGAACUGUCAAGUGCGCUAAAAGGAACACUAAUUAUAAUUCAUUACCUUCUCAUCAACCCAGCUUUCCACUACCUGUCUGCUACACUAGUUCCAAGCUGCCUGUGGUAUGUAAGCUCAGCAUUCCACAUGUGAAACAUUGUGAUCACAGCAAGCUGCUGAACUUUUAGAUAAGAGGGCAGGGCAUGUUCAAGACAAAAGGUACAUGUCCUUAAUGUUAUAAGCUUUGGAAAUAUUAGAUGGCAAGAGAAAAAUGAUGUUAGGAAAAUGGAUGAAGACUGAGAGAUUAGAACAACUCCUGUGUGGAAUAUUGUAUCCUUGACUCUGCCUUGUUAGGAAUUUGUUUAUGAUUGUCUGUUUUGAAGAAGGUUCAAAUGGUGGGUUUCAUUCUUUGCUUAUUGCCAGACUUUUUUUUUGGAAAAAGAGGUUCAUCCUUUAGAAAAAAAAAUGUCAAGAAACUUAUAGUAAACUCUUCUGAAACACCUCAAAAACUUAUUGUUGGUUCUGAAGAUUUGGGAUUUAUUGUUUUUUGGAUCGUGAUGUUUUUGAAGAUGAAUGAACCUGUAUAAAAUUAUUAUAAGUGUAAACAUCACUUACUUGCCUAAUAAGUGGUGAUUUUUCUAGGUUUUGUCAUGUUUGAUUUUGAUUUUUUUAAAAUGCUAUUUUAGUAAAUUUUCAUGCACAGAAAUAUGUGUCCAUCUAGGUUUAUUCCUGCUGGCUUUUCUUAUUCUACCUGUCAGGGUGUAAACUGCUCAGUCAGGUAUACUUCCUCUUUUUAAAAUUUUUUUUGCCAAGUUAUUAGGUCCACGCUGAUCGGUGAAAACGGAAUUUCUUUGUAAACCCACCCACCCCACCUCGUCCACCUUCAAAGUCCUUGGUCUUAAUUUCCCUUACGUACUAAUGACUGUACAAAACAUGGUUGGAUACUGUCGUGAACCUUGGGGAAUGGGUACGCGAAAUGGACAGAGGUCCCGCUGUACGUGUACGCAAAACACACUAAAUUGUUAGCAAAGAGAAUAUAAUUUGUGUCCGAGACCUCCCCCUUCCAGCGUAUGUCCCAACUAAAGGCAAUUUAGUGUAUUAAAGAAAAUUAUUAUUAAAUCGAGAGAUUUUCGAUAUGUUACAAACAAUGCAAUAAACUUGAAAAUUCCAAACAUUCCUUAUUCCUAAUUCAAGUAAUGUGAGUCACUGCCUAAUUACCACAACACAAUACGCUUUUUGCUCACACCCGCCACUUAACUCAGCACACGACUCACGCGGAGGGCCCUCCGAUAUUCCCUGGCGCAUAAAAUCGGAUGAUAUCCUCGCCGGUCGUAGCUGCCGUCACACGAGCACUGAGACAUCCCUUGCGUCACCACAUGUCUCUCCCGUUACCUCCAGGACGUUACUGCUGACAGCUUCUGAUGAGGUACCAACACUUAUCAACCAUGGCUAAAGCCUCUGGUGUUUGCGACCAAACAGCCGCUGGCGUGAUGAAUAGUUGAGCACUGUUACAGAGUAGGUCUGUGCACUUUUAAGUAAGGUCGUGCUGGAGUGUCCAUGAUCCCAAGACCGACUCUUAACAGAGGAUCUGAUAUUAGCCACUUUGAUCAGUUUCUUUUACGACCUUCCCUCCCCAUCCGUGAACACGAAAGAGUUGUCAUCCUAUAAUGCGACUUUCCAUGUGCUCCCUCCAAUGACCAGUACCAGUCAAGGGACGAACGACUGAAUGACUGACCUCCCACACACCCCCAACCAAAUAAAAAAAAAAACAACAACAGAAGAGAAAAAAAAAUCUCACAGUCUUUACAUUCCUUUAUCACAGAUACUUAAAGACAAAGUCACAGGGUGCAAAAGUAAAAGGAAAGAAUAUAAUUCAGAUUGAUAAGAGAACUUCUACUGGUUAAAAACUACCUCUGAAUUUUUCAGAUUGUGUUUGUUCCAGGCAAUUCUUUCUCUGAGUGUUUAGUGUUAUCAUCUCUGUACUGUUGUUGGUAGCCCGUCCUUCUUUGAAGAUGCUCGCUAUGUAUCUAGUCAGACAGGUGAUGGUCAACAUUUUCUUCUUUUUAACUUCAGUUACCUCACUCUCAAUUUUGUGAUGCACAUUAAGAAUAACCAGACUAUCCCCGUGUUUGUUUAUUUUGUGUUUAGUUGCUUUAGGGCAAAUGGACUGAUAAAAAUGAGCCUUAGUUUAGCCUUUUUAUCAAAACAGACAGGGUUGUGAUCCAUAUGGCAAAAUAAUACAGAAUUGGCAAUUAUGCUUCAUGGUAUUAUGUUGGGGUCGCGUUGAAACACUAUUUCAAGAUGUCUUGAAGGGACUGAACUUUGAGGGCAUGAGGAUAUACUGUAUAUAUAUAUAUAGGUGAUUUUUUUUUUUAGAUCACGCUGACAGUUGUCAAAAUGUUAAAAUACAGAGACUUGUUCAGACAGGCUAAGCUGUCAGAAUGUUAAGACAUUCAGAUAAUUGAUCAUGUAAGAUUGAGCCUGGCAGUUAUCAUUAGGGUACAUCUUUGUUAUUUAACUUGUUGGUUUGUUGCUCAGGUUUUGUUUGAGAUUUAGAGUUCCUAACUUCUUAGUUCCAUUAGAAACCUUCGUGUAGCUGUGUUCACACAUUAAACUGUGAUGGGUUUGUAGAUGCAUUUUUUUCUUAUAGUCUUUCUUUCUUUGAUGAAUCAUGUAAUGAGUUCACGCAGAAAAAGCAAUCAUGGUAGAUAUAAGCACCAAUAUGUUUUUGGCUUGUUUUUGAAUAGUAUACGAUCUGUAAUUUUAGUUCAUCACAAAUAUUGGAUUCUGAGCAAGAGAAAGAAAGUAAAAUCUGUUAGUGAAAAAAAUCGUUUGCAUAUUUUAAGUACUUAGACAAUCAUAGCUUUUAAUUUCUUUUCGUCCACUGGACAGAUUACGGACUGUGUUGAAAUUUACUGGUGGUGAAAGAAAGUGACUGAAACACCAAUUCACUUCAGCAGCUACAGGCGCGAGGUGUCUUGAUGUUGCCAUCCUCUUAAUCGGCUCUUUUUAGCAUGAAUAUUCUUAUUGUUUUAACCUUAUAAAAUUUACAUUUCCCAUUCUAUAAAGUUACAAAUGAAGUAUUAUUCCAUGUUUCAGUCUGGGUUUAUAAUUUUAUUUAACUUUGUUUUUUUUUAAUGAUAUUUAAUUGUUUGUCUUUUUAGCUUAUAAUUUGCCGUGUUUCAUUGUUAGGAGUUGUAUUCGCUGAAAAAAGAAUCAAGUUGUAAAAGCUGAAUGUUUCUUCUGGAUUUUUUAGGUGGGUGUGUAGCUUUUUUUUAAAAAAAAAAUCAAGUGGUUCAGGUCUAUAGACUCUAUCUUCACCACUGGCGUCCUUUUGUGACCUCACUCCUUUUGAAAAAAAAACAAAACAACAACAAACAAAGCCAUCGCUUUCUCAACACAUUUGUGAUAACUGUGUGUAGUAGCAUAAAGAACGAUCGCGGAAAUGUUUAUUAAAGCGUUUGGGAAGCUUUACAAAGAAAUUUGUGAGAAGAAAAACUGGAAACUUGCAGGUAAUUAGGACGAUGGGUGAGUCGUAUGGGCUGCAGCUACUGGCAUUUUCCUUGGAGGCUGCAUGUGUAAUGUUAUUAUAGCCAUGUCGCGGUUGGUUUGUUUGAUGGGAAACUCUUCCGCUUAGUAGUUAUUUUGAAAGGGGAAUGGAAAGCGAAUGAUAACGGGGGAGGAGGGGGAGGGGAAGCCUUGUGAUCAUUGUGCCAGAAAAAGAUUGGAAACUUAAGAUCUUCACUGACUGGUGGGAAAGCUUUUACCAUUGGGCUGGUGAGGCACUCCCCACAACCGCAGCCAUUAGCAGAAUGUCUGGUACCUACACGUAAUAUCUAAUCGGCGCAAAGUGUGAGACAUUCCACAUCGUACACCUGGACAGUUUUAUUGCUGAUCGAUUUCUCCUAGAAGAACUUUCAGAAAAUUAAUCCAAUGCGUUUUCGUGACAGUUAUGGCGGCAUGGACGCGACAAACCAUUCAUUGUAUUCCAGUACAAUGCAAGCUUUACUGUGGAUUCUGCAGGGAGAUUGUUGAUACUUUUCAUGUCAAGUUCCAUGUAAUGAAAAUCCGAAAAGAAGUGGCCUCACUUGUACACACGUCUGUACAGACAUUAAUCAGAAACUGAUUAUAAGAUAAGUGUGCGGAUUUCCUAUCAUUGAGAAGGUGGCACUACUGUCUGUGCCACAACUAGACAGGUAUGUCUGUUAGGUUUCCAGCUCCUGUUACAAAGACUUGUUCAUCUAAAUUCAGAGCUCAGACCUUAGUAAUCCGCUAAGAAUGAUUUCCAACGGCAUUAGUCUACAAGAAACCCAUCUUGUUUUCUUUUCUUUUCCUGAAAGUGCAUUUUUUUUUAAAAAAAGGAAAGAACCAGCGUUUACUUGUUUCUUUACUGGAACAGAAAUUAAAGAACCAGAAUAAU